CAUGGCUCACGCUAACGUUUGGAACUCCCACCCCAAGACCUUUGGUAAGGGCUCUCGUCAAUGUCGUGUCUGUGCUCACCGUGCUGGUUUGAUCCGCAAGUACAACUUGAACAUCUGUCGUCAAUGUUUCCGUGAAUACGCCAACGAUAUUGGUUUCCACAAGUACCGUUAAAUACAAGACACUUUACCUUGUCAAAGAUAAUGGGAUUUUAAAUAAUAAAAAAAAGUAACUUCUAUAUACAAGCUA